AGCCGUUAACCUCCCCGAUUCGUUCCCUACCCCAUCUCCCACCCGGCCCCUCUUCUUCCAACCAACCUCCUCUUGAUCCCUUCUUCCUCCCCCCACGACCUUCUUCUCACCUACAAGUCCUCUCUCUGUGUGUGUGAGAGACCAUGGAAGUGUGCUCGGAGAACCGGGGAUUGACAGCCUUGGCGAGCCCAAGAAUCUCCUUCUCCCACGACCUCUCUCAGUCCGACCUCUCCCCCUCCUCCACCACCACCACCGAAACCAGCCGUCUCGACUCCUCCCUUCCCCUAGACCCCACCGCCGAGGACUUCGACUUCAGCCUCAGCGUCGGCAUCUCCACCGACGACCCCUCCCUCGCCGACGAGCUCUUCUCCGACGGCAAGCUCCUCCCCCUCCCCAUCAAGAACCCCUCCACCCGACUCCCGCCGUCGCCCGGUCCUCCCCCGCACCCACCGCCAACAAUUCCCUUACCCAAGAAGCACGGCAGCCUCCGCGAGAUCAUGGCCAGCUCCGAAGACGACGACGACAACGUCAAAAGAUCCCCCUCUUCCUCGCAGAAAUCAUUCUGGCGGUUCCGCAGGAGCAGCAGCCUGAACUGCGGCGGCGGCAGCCGACGAGGUCUCGUCUGUCCCUUCACGUUACUCCGCAGCAAGUCCACUGGCUCUUCGCCGACCAUAAACCCGCCAUCAGUCCGUAGCAGGCCCGACAAGCACCAUAACAAGACCAACCAAAACAACAGCACUCGCGGCAGCUGCAAGGAUGACAGCAGUAUCAAUUCAUCGUCGUCGUUAUUAUUCCGUAAGGUCUCGACGGAUUCGAGUGCAAGAACUUAUUACUAUUCGGGUACGCGACGAUCAUGCAGCAACGGAGUGAGAAUUAGUCCGAUUCUGAACGUACCGGCGGCUACCUGCGUGUUUGGUUAUCUGUCAUGCAGCUGUGGGGUUAAGAGCAUGAGGAGGGGAUCAACAGUUACCUGUUCUCCAUGAAGAAAGUGGAUUGGUUUGAAAUAAUGAGGAGGGAGAGGGGGCAAGGGGGGGUUUGUUUGUUUGUAAUGAUAGGAUAUACUUUUGGGGAGCCUUUUCUCUUUUUCCUUUUUCUUUAGCUUUUGAUUUGCUAUUCACUCUUGUUUGAAGUGUUGUGGGGGGAGGGGAGCGUUAUGGGCUUGUGUGGAGGGAGGGUGAUGGAAGGGAUUGUGGAUAGGGCGAUCAUGAAGAGUGCUGAGGUAUUGGGGGACAGGGAGGGCAGGGUCCCCCUGCUUUCACGCUUGCUCGAUCGGUUCCUUGGAAAUGUCUGUGGACUGUUCUGGGCUUUCCCCUCUCGGCUCCUGGUUGCCUACUGUUGCUCUAUUUUUUUUUCUCUCUGUUCUGUGGUUUUGGGGCCAUGGGAUUGCUUGGUUUGUUGUGUGGCCGAGGGUCCAUGUCCCAAAUUUAUGGUAGCUUGUUUUAUAUGCUUUGGCCCCCUGAGAAAGCAAGAGGCUGUGUAACUCGUGAAGGCUUUUGACUUUUAGAUACACGUAAGGUAUAUCUUUCUCUCCU